AUGUGUUAUCCAACAACUCGUGCAUUCCAAGUUCGUGUUGUUGAUAAUACAAAUCAAGAAAUAAUUUGUAUUAAACAUGAAUUUAAAUGUUGUGCAGGUAAUCGUUGGUUUGCUUGCACAACAGGAUACAGUCAUGAGAUAAUUGUUGAAUCUCCGUCGGGUACUGUAAUCGGUUCCGUUUCUCGACAAUGCAUAUGUAGUUUUAGUCGUGUACACUACGCGCUUAAAGAUGCAACCGAUAAUGUUGUAUUGAAAAUUGUUGGUUCAGGAUGUUUAUGUGAUUGGCCAUACGCUUGUUGCUGUGAAAAUAAAUUUAUCGUUAGCAAUAAUUAA